AUGCCAUCUGGAUCCCAACUUGGCCGUGUAGAUGCGCUGCUGGAAUCAGCGAAUGUAACCAGUAACUACUCUACAAAGGCACCAUUUUGGCUCAGUGCUUUACGAACGGAUGGUGAAAUACGACGAUCUCCACCUAAAAGUGACUACAGAAACAGAGCAGUAUCGCUGAAGAAACGAUAUCCAGCUCGCAUGUUUGCAGUGCCACGCUAUGCGGCUGGACGCCAGAUACCAUUGCUUACCCCAAGCCAACAGUUUUCACCCGUUGUGGAAAGAGAAUUGGGCCGAGUAGAAGGGACAGCGUCUAUCGCUCGCGUCAGACACCACCACCAUCUCUUAGACAAUGAAAGUCGUCAUAGACGUGGUUAUGGACGUGUGGCGUCUCGCUUUUCCACUCUUCCUCCCUAUCAAGUUGAUGUGAUAAUCGACCGGACAUACCAGAACUUUUACCAUGCACCGCCGAUACCAGCAAUCCCCGAAAGAGAAUAUACCAGUAAGUUCGUCAGUUAUUGUCCGCUUCAUCUAUUAAGAUUAUUUAACUGUAAAUUCCAGCUGUUGCCCACUCAGAAGGGCCAAAUUCUUUUCUUCUGUCUGCUACGCCUGCACCUCUGGUGCCAAGGCACAGCCCUCAUCCAGUCGCUUCUCCGAUCACCACCACCUUGA